UUCAGAUGCCUAAGCCCGACUCCUCUGGUAGAAGGUAAAAGUUAAGUUACUAAAAGAUUUCUGCUUGCCUAAAUGACCCUCUGUCACGUCUCUCAUUUUCCGUUCUAUAUAUUCACACCCUUGCUCUCUCUUGAGUACUAUCAUUCUAUAAUUUUCAUUUUCUGUUUCUACAAAAAUGGUCUCUGGUUAGGUGAAUAUCGCAUAAAAAAAAAUAUAUAAGUUAUGUUCAAAGGUCUCGUAGGACUUCACACACCGCCACCAACAACAACAACAACAACAACAACAACAACAACAGCAAGUCUAACUCCAGUCGCACCAGUAGUCAUUCCCAGGCCCAGACAGUAGCGUCAGCAUUUUAGUAUCCGGUACUUGCAACGUGUACCAGCCCCGUCACGUGGAGACCCGGCGAGAACGCGUAGCUUCAGUCAGCAAUUUCAAUACUGCAACAGUAGGAGUAGCCAGGACUCGAAAGAUCACAAAAUAAAAUCGAGGCAUUCUUGUUUAACAGCCAGUACAGUGCAGUCGCGUUUUUUAAAAACUUAGAUCCGAUAAUCCGACCUUUAACUGGCGCAGUCGGUAGGAUCGGUUUAAGUGCAGUGAAGUGAAAAGUGCGAAUUCCCGGCAUAAGCCAUCUGCGACGGCUCAUCGUGGAUUAGAGGAAGCGCCUAGAACUGUCACCGCCAAAAACCGAGGGAACAUCGGUUGGAUUAUAGAAAUUAAGAUGAAGCUCCACACCGUACUAGUAAUCACCUUAUAUCUCUCUCAUAAUCCAAGCCAUGCCCAACACCCAACACCUAAUGACAGCCAAGAAUGAAAUCGACACGAGAAGAAAUUUCUCCUUAGUAAGGCAAAUACUAAAUGUAAAUCUCAAUAUUGAUCUUUUAUCAAACCACCUACAAGAAAUAUUCGAAGCCAUUCAGCUGGCCAAACUGAAAGUUAUAUCCAAGCAUAUCUUAUCAACCAAUGAACUAGAUUUUGUCAUUAAGAGAUUCGAGGAACAAGGCAUAGCGAUAACUAGUACAGACGAAAUAUACAAUUUCCUAGAAUUAAAAGCAUUUCACAAUCAAUCACUGUUAACUUUUAUUGUCUCAAUACCGCAAACUGAAAAUUCUAUUUAUAACCACCUAUUACUAGAACCAUUACCAGUAGGACAGAAAAUACUGAAGCUACCUGCGUCAACCGCCCUGCAGAGCAUCUCAGCCACCUACUUCGUUAUAUCCGACUGUCAGCGAGUGCAAAACAAUUACCUGUGUACCCCCGACAACCUGGUAAACUUCACCGGAGAUCCUUGCUUUUCCAAGUUGCUUCAAGGAUCGUCCGGAAACUGCACCUUCUUAGAAUGCACAAAUCCCACCGGAAUAAUCAAACUCACCAACAACCAUCUUCUACUUAAACAAGUUAAAUCGUUGGAAGUGAAGUCAUCCUGCGACUUAAGUAAUAGGAACCUCUCCGGUACCUUUUUAAUAGAGUUUCAUAAUUGCUCAAUAAGCCUGAACGAUACGCAGUAUAAUAACAUCGAGCUGGUCAGGACCGAACCGAUGACCAUCUUGCCCCUCGAUGGCCUCGUCAUAUACGAAAAACAUUCCGAAUCAACCUUGAACCUAACAGACAUCCACCUAACCAACAGAAAAAUAAUCGAGGAGAUCAACUACACGAGCAACCUAAAGACAGGUGUAUCAAUCACCAUGUCUACUACAAGCAUUGUUGUUGCAAUAGCUAUCGCUUUGAUCCUUAUUCUACGGAAAAGGUCACGUAGCGUGCAACAAACUAUCAAUAUUCAAUCAGAUACAGUAACAAAGCCCAACAUCCCGGCAAAAGGCAAUAAACCAGAGCAAAUCUUGAAUCGGGACGAUUCAAUUCCUAAGGAAGGGCGAGUUAUGUUCAAAGGUCUCGUAGGACUUCACACACCGCCACCAACAACAACAACAACAACAACAACAACAACAACAACAGCAAGUCUAACUCCAGUCGCACCAGUAGUCAUUCCCAGGCCCAGACAGUAGCGUCAGCAUUUUAGUAUCCGGUACUUGCAACGUGUACCAGCCCCGUCACGUGGAGACCCGGCGAGAACGCGUAGCUUCAGUCAGCAAUUUCAAUACUGCAACAGUAGGAGUAGCCAGGACUCGAAAGAUCACAAAAUAAAAUCGAGGCAUUCUUGUUUAACAGCCAGUACA